UUUAUGCACCAUUCCCUUAAUGACUUUUGGUCCCAGUAGAAGACGGGAUAGUUUUUAAAAUAUUUGCUCUUAGCAGUCUGUUUUUGGAACAGCAGCUGCAUUUUAAAGGCAUAGUAUUAUAAUAUUAAUAAAAUAAAUAGCUAUGAUCCAAUUCCCAUCUAUCCUAUCCAGAGAAACAACUGGAACAGGAUGUUUGUAAACUAUGUACUCGGCCUGAUAGUAAUUUUUAGCUUAUUUUUAUGUUUAAUUUGCAGAAAAUUACUUGAAAGGUUAGAAAAAAAAAUAACACAAGAACUUUGUAAACAAGAAUGAAAAAGCAUUUAGCCUUCCCAUUCAGAUCCUUUCCGGACCUGAUCAGGGGCUAAAAUCCCAUGUGCAUUGAUUAAUGAAUUGGGUCAUCCAAGCGCCCCUCAGCUUCCUUUUAAAGCAGAUAGAUGCUGCUAAAGUCUAAUUCUUUAACUGGCUGCCCGUGCUCCAACUUGGAGAGGACCCUGGGACAAACAUUUUGUUUUGAGGCAAACUUCUUUCUCUCUUCUUAAGUUAUGUUACUGCGAUUUUCAAGGGCAAGGUUUCCAAAUACAGAAAUAAGUCUUGCUCAGAAAUGUCCACAUGAAACGUUUGGAUUGUUUUAUAGUUAUUAUUAUUUUAAAAUAAAUUAUUUGCCAAAUUUGGCAUGUAUUUUCCAAUACCCCAAGUAAACAUAACUGAAAAAAAAAAAAAAAUAAAUAACCGAUUUAAGUUCAUUAGCAUUUACCAGCAAGAUGAAGCAAGACGCUAGAAUUCAUCUGGAGCUAACCCACAUUACUCAAAAACAAGUCAGUCAAGAAUUUGAGAGGAAAUUUAUACUUAAAAUACCCCGCUUUCCUGCUAGGUCACAAAUACUUGAAGAAGUGACUGCAUACCAUGGAAGACCAGCAGGCUGACUGUAAAGGCAAACUGACAUUUUGGACACAGUUUUGAAAAUUCUCACUUUGUGUACUAAUGACCCUUUAAAGUUACUUGAAAAGCACUUCCCACAGUUGCUUAAUGUCUUCUGCAGAAAUCUCUAAGUACUUUAAAAGGGCUUUUCAUGAUCUGUGGCUGCUCAUUUUUUAUAUAUAUAUAAAAUAACAAGAUUUAAAGCACAGAUUCAUCGAAGCAUCUUAUUUUAAACAAACAAACUCCGCCUCAAACAGACUGCAAGGCCCCAGCAGCUGUCCACACUGGGGCUGGGCUCCCUUUCUUGUGAAUAUUCACAGGGCAGGCUGUUUCCAGUGGAGACAGUAAACACAACAGGGAAACCAGCAGCUUUCGGGAGAUUUUGCUUCUGCUACAGAACUACAACAAAAGUGCUCCUGACAAACUCAGCUCCACAGCAUGCUUUGCACUAAACCAGGCUUUAUUGCUCUGCAGAGUUUGAGCAUAGGGUGGUCUCAGCUGCCAGCAGCAUUCACUGCCUCCUAGGCUGAGAGUUUGCUGCUUACUGAUGGCUUUCAGGAGCAAUUAUUUCUUAUCAAAUUGUUGUUACCAUGAAAACUUCUUCAUCCUUCAGGCAAUGAAGCAAUGUAAAGCAGUAGGAAAUGAUCAUUAAGUAACAGGGAAGCGAAACAAUGCCAAGCACUGCCUGUCAGUGCUGGCAUCAAUGUUCAUUUUCUUAAAGCACCCCAGAUCAGCAGCUAAAAGAAAAUGCUGGGAGAGGAGGAGCUCUGAAAGCACAAAUAAUAGCAGGUUUAAACUUCCUGACAGUCCCAACAUACCUAAUAAUACUGGGGAUAGAGUGAGUCUCAAAAUGGAUGUGUUGGGAAAGGGUUCUGGAUUCAGGAGGAACACCUUGACUAGGUCCUGGCAAGCAGCAACCACACCUCUGGGGCAAGCAGCCUCAGCUCCAUCCCUGUCUCGUGGCAGCACCCAGCCUGGAAGACCUGUACUUGCACAAACAGCUGCUCGGAGCAGGGCGGAUGAGCAGGCAGCACUGCAGCAGGACCAGGUCCAACAGGACAAGAUCUGGAGGGAGGCUGUGGAGGCUGAACAGAGAGGAAGAAAAAUCUGGUACCAGAACUGGAGUUUCCUAAAGGACUACGACCAAAUGGGUAAUAAAAAGGAACACAAGCCUCUGCCAGAUUAUAUAUCUGUGUUUUCAAACAAAGUUCCCAACUCCACCAACCAGAACAUUGGCAGUAGAAUGAAUACUGAACUUGGCAAGAUGCUGGUAAACAUGGAUUACUUCUUCAGCAGUGGAGCACGAAAGAGGAAACUUGAGGAUGACCUCCAGCCUUCCUAAUACCUCAAAGAGACCAGAAGUACUGUCUAGCAUGGAACUUUUUCAAGAACUAAGAUGGAUGUCAUUCAGCAAUGCCUAUGGAGACUGUCCUCUUCAGACUUGGGGUUACUCAGAAUCACAGAAUCACAGAAUUUCUAGGUUGGAAGAGACCUCAAGAUCAUCGAGUCUAACCUCUGACCUAACGCUAACAGUCCCCACUAAACCAUAUCCCUAAGCUCUACAUCUAAACGUCUUUUAAAGACUUCCAGGGAUGGUGACUCCACCACUUCCCUGGGCAGCCCGUUCUAGUGUCUAACAGCCAUACAGAGUGAGUCAGGACCACAGAUCUCAUCCUUCUUACCAUGCAAGCCCACAAUAACUUUGCUACUAACAUCAGAAAGAUUAGAGCCAAAGGGCUCUUCUGAAACUCUUCCUGAAUUUUUACCUCCUGAAAAGAAACAAUCAACAGAGACCAGCUCAGAUGAGUCACAGCAUAAACAACAUACUUCAAAUUCUGAAAGUCCGGGCAAUAAAACACAGCAGGUUGUUACAUUUCAUGUAUUUACCCAAGGAUUCGUCAGCCUGCCACUUGCAUGUUUAAGCUUGCUCUAAAGAGCAAAAUUUAAGGCAUGUAAGACGUUCUGUGCUUUUUCAACACUCCCUGCUGAGGAAGGGGGAUCAAUUUUUUUUUUUUCAGACUUGUUUUCAUUUUUUUUUUCCUUUGUAUUUGCUGUUUCUCCCCUAUGCUCUCACAUUCCCUUUUGCUACUUUUUUUUUUUUUUUUUUCCUUGUUUAGCUGAUGGAAACUCAGUGACCAGGAAGCAGGCUUUUACAUUUUGCUCUGAAGGCAUGCUGCUCAGCAACCUGCCUUACGCGCUUUUGAUCAUCAGCCUUGAAUUUAGCAGGUUUGUAGUUCCUAAAAUCUGUGGUUGCCCAGGGAAACCACCAUCUAAAUCGACAAAAUACCUAAAGCCUGCUCACUAGAGCAUCUUCAUGACAUAGAUGCAACGUUUUUUCAGGGAAAAAAACACAAUCAGCAGAGCAUGGGGAACACACAUAGAGUGCCUGCCUUCACAGGGUGCAUGUAGCUUCUGUAGGACCAUGCUCAGCCCUGCGUAGGUGGAGACCAACGCAGAAGCCACUAGCAUUGCCCUGAUACUACAGGCUGCAAUCUCACACUUAGCUGAGGUGGAGCUGUGUUUACUUACACCUUGCAGCCAAGACUGUUUAUUUUUGAGGUUAGACUUUAGCAGCAGAAGGCAGUUGACAGGCACAAGAAGUGGUAGGGAUCAGUGUGAUCAUUGGCAAUGUUCAGGUGGUCUCUGGAAUAAAACAAAAGCCACUGUAGAAAGGAGAGAUGGGUUGUAGCCCACAGCAAGUCAUAUCCUGGCAUCUUCAGUGUCUGAGAACUGGAGGACAAAGGCUUUCAGGAUGACAGCUUAGCUACCUGCAGGAUAAGGAAGAUGAUGGCAUGAAAGCAGCCCAUGCAAGGGCUGAUUCCACUCUGCAGACAUGAAUAUCCAACUGUAGUAAACAACCAUGUUCACACACAGAAAAUGGAAACAUACACUUAAAACCAAACCAAAACAAAAAACACCACCAUGUUCAGCUAAGAUGCUUUCUUCAGUCUUGAGAGCAGAUGACUGCAGCAGGAAAUUUCAAAAAUGUCUGAAAGUGGGAGAGUGGAGAGCAGAGCAAGCCUUUCCUUGUCCUUGUGUUGUCCAGAGCUUCUUCCAAAAACUGUACAGGCUACUCAAAGGCUAAAUAUUUAUUGGUGGUUGUGUAAUAUUGAAAAUUACUACACUUGCAUGCCUUACUCUGAGAUACACUGAGCAGCUCCAACUCUUGCUGUGGGUCACCAAGUCCACAAAGGGUGGCAGAUGCCCCGUCUCUCUCAGGCUCAAGCUCCUGUUCGUGUAAGAACAACUCAUUCAAAAAAAAGCAAAGGGAUUCUGGUUUUCGUCGUGAAGGCACACAGAGCUCCGUGCUCCCUGACCUCCAGAUGGCACUCACUCCCCAAGUAAGCCACUGAUGGCUUACAGCAGCAGCGUUGCACAAUCCCUGUCUAAUUUCAAAGGGCAUUAAAAUAUUUCCAGAUUCCCAACCCUGCUUUGUGUGAGUCCUGAGCAUCCCUCUCCCAGGGAGGCCCCUCAGGAUGGACGGUACGGGAAGGAGGAUGGACUAAGCACUGCACAACUUAAUCCUUCAGCUCAGUACCGGCCUUGUUUCAGCUGACAUUUCUCCCAGUUUUGGGGCACAACACGGAAGGUCUUAUCCUGAAGACAUGGGCCACCAACUGGAGUCUUGAGAAGCAAAGACAGUAGCUGGAGUACUGGAAAAUGUGGCUGAGGAGGAAGGAUCAAGCGGUCUAACAUAGUUUAACCUGAAGAAAAGGGAGACUGGGAAAAGGACGGCAGUCCUUAGAUACAUACAUAGCUUGGGAGAGAGAAAAAGUAGUAGUUUAUUUCAUGUACAUGGCAGACAAUAUUAAAAAUAAUCGUUUUCAAUUAUAGCAAGGAAAAUCAUGUUACUAUUACGGAAGCUAGUAGUAAGGUUAAUACAGUACUUGGUAGGGUUAAUACAGCACUGGAACAGAUUCCCUGAGGAAUCUCCACCUUUGAAGGUUAAACACAGCCACCCACCAAGGAGGAUGUGUUUGACAGGGUUUGCCUGUUAGUGUAUAAACUGCGACUGUCUGAGGGGUGUUUCACCAAUUGUCUGAUCUGUAACAACAGUUGGUGGGAUCAGAACAUGCUUUGAAAACAUGGUGUGUGGUUGUUUGUUUUUCAAAACACAUUCAAAAAGAAAUUAAAAAAUAAUAUUUCAGUUAGUCCAGACUGGAAUAGAUUGCAUCUCUAAAACACAGAUUGACCACCUGAGUUUUUGAUGAAGGCACAUUUCUAUUUUUCUGCCUACUCCUACAGAGAAUGUUUUUCACGCAGCGCAGAUGUGCCUCUUUUAAUCACACAGUCCCACCAAAAUCCAACCUUUAUCCUAAAAGCUUCACUAGUGCUCCCUUGACUGCCACAUAAGAAUACCUCUGAAAGAGCACGUUCAUGCCUUUGUGCAGGAAUGACAACUAAUUUGCUUUCAACAAUUUCAGGACACCUUUACCAAUGGUGUGUAGCCCUGAUUGUGCUCUCCUUACUCAGGUAGAGUGCCCGCAGUGGGUACUUGGGGUGAUUACAGAUGUGCAGCACAGGAAAACCCCAACCCACCACCCGCUCGUGCACUCCUAUCACAUGUGCUCCUUUGCAGUCUUUUUCUCCAGUCUGAUAGAGAUCUACGACAGGAAGAUGUGUAGCUAUACUUGAAGUGGAGCCAAAAUAGGCAAGGAUUUCUGGCUUAAUCAUCAAUAGAAUAAAAGUUUCCCAUAAAGACAGACAUGAUAAUCCACGUGGUAUAGCAACAUUUUGUAGAGUGGACACCUUAUUUUGUUCAACUAUUACGCUUUCCUUUGAAAUUAAAACUAUUUUUUGCUGUCUCAGUGAUCCCUCCUCUGGUACCCAGCAGUUUGCAUCCCUCUAUCAUGUACAACACCUUCAGAAAACACAGUUCGGGAAUAUCCGAGGUCUAAUUAAAACUGCCAUAGAACUGUGAGCAGAAGGCAGCAAACAGGCAUUCUCUAGACGUCAGUUUCUUCCCAAGUUCAACAGCAAUUUUUCUCUUACUAUAAUUAACCUUGCCAACUAAUCCUUAUUUACAUAAGCACAAUGUCUUAGGAAGAAUGGAUGAGAUGACAGCAGCACUGAAACCUGUAAACAACCAGUGGAAAUUCAAUUUAUUAAAGAGAUUGUAUAGAUAUUAAAACGUGUUGUAAGCUUCUUGUAAAGAGUUCUUAUGAUGUAUCACUGUGCUUCACAGCUUUGUAAGCUUGCUUUCCUUUUGCUGCCAGAUCUCAAACAAGAGAUUAUACAUGUUUAGGCAAUCCGUUUUCUGUAUUUCUUUCUGUUAAAGAACACAAGUGGGUAGGAAUAUGAAUUUAAUUCUUGGGUUAGACACACUGCUUUCUCUUUUAAGGACUGUUAAUAUUAAUUCUAAGUGGGUGUAGAGAUGUUUCCAGUGCCUCCAACUUUUGCAUGUUCUCAUUUCAAGCUUUGGUCAUAAUAAAAAUGUGUGAAAUAUAUCAUACUUUAUAACAAAACAUAUGUAAGUUCAUAUAAAUCUGUAUUUCUUAUACUUUUAGAAUAGUCUUCGUAUAUAGCUGCCAGGUGGCAUCUUAACUAUAAGGUUCUGUUUUAAAAGAUUGGAUUGAUGAUUCUGAUCAUGUUCCUUAGAAACAUGAAAUUAAAAGCUGUUUCUUGACCUUUAAAUUAUCCUAAAGUAGUAGCUAAAUGGGUUUUCCUACAAAUAACAUCUCAUCAUGCUGUGAAAAUUACUGCACGAACAGUAAGGUUCCUACAACAGAGAAGGGAGAGAACAGAUACAUACAAACAGUUGGAUGGACAACAGAGGCCAGGUCCAGGCAUUGCAUGUUGGUAUGGACUGUGCACAUGCAUUGUUUGCCUUUUAUAAAGAACACUCUAUAAAAUAAUAUUUCUGAAUUAAAGUCCUACUUAAAGCAAA